AUGGCUUCAGAUGAUGGAUUAGGCCCUCGUAAGCGGCGCAGGGUUGCUCCUGCAGGGUCAGAUCCCUACGUCUUACGUUCAUUGUUCGAGAAUGUACCGGUGGAGACCGAGGACAACAGUGACGUUUACAUCACCUGUGUUGAGUACUGGGAGCAGAACCUGUAUAUUGGAACCUCAGCAGCAGAGGUGUUACACUUUGUUUGCCUUCCACCCGCUUCCGACGACUCAAAUGAGCCUACCUUUAUAUUGGCAUCGCGAUUGCCUAUCCCAUUCCAGACCACACCCUCAAACAGUGACCAGCACGGUGUCCAGCAAAUUGUUAUACUUGCUUCUGUGGGGAAAGCUUGCAUACUUUGCAAUGGCACGGUUACCUUCUACAUGCUACCAGAGCUCAGUCCGGCAUUCGGCAACACCAAAGUUAAUCAAUGCCGAUGGAUCGGCGGCUUGGAUCUCGAUCAGAAUGCCGAGUCUGGGGAAAAACCAGUGGUAAUGAUUGCGGCGCACAACAACAUCAUGCUAGUUCAAAUUGGGGAUGAAGCGCGUCGCAUCAAAAAGAUUGGGUUUCCUGGGUGCUUAGUCGCAGCUCGCAGAGGCACAAUUGCAUGCGCGGCUGACUCUCAUUCGUACUCGCUGCUUGAAGUGGAACACCAGCAGAAGAUUCCCUUGUUCCCUAUCUCAUCCUCGAAUGAAGUCUUUGAUUCUGGAAAAGUGGAAGACAUUGUGCCGGGGCCCCAGACGCCUCUCAAGCGAUCUCCUUCGUCAUCCUACCCAAGCUCUCCUCCUGCUGAUUCACAUGCUCAUGGCAGAAGUAGCAGUUUGAAUGCAUUUGCGGGAAUGUUACAGCCACAUGCACAGACACCUCAACAAGCUCGGUCGCCUUCACCCUCGGGAACCCCGGAUCCCUUCACGGCCACCGGGACACCCCGUCGAUCAAGUUCGGAAGAGAGAGAGAAUGAAACCCCCCCAAAGAAACCUACAGACAGCACCCAGAAUGAAUCUCCACCAGCAGUUGCCGAGGGCGCAAAACCACUACCUCCAUUACCUACAACACAAAUCUCAAAACAACUACAACCCCAUGUGGUUUCGCCGACCCCCUCGGAAUUUCUUCUUGUAACCGGAACCGAAGAAACGGAACCUGGAGUGGGUAUGUUUGUAGACUUGGAUGGUGAGGUUGUGCGGGGGACCAUUAGUUUUCAUCGUUAUCCUAAGUCCGUGAUCAUUGAUGCCGGGGAGGACGACCAAUUUCUCCAGCCCAACGAUGAUUCCAAGGAUGAGUUUGUGCUUGCCAUCAUUGAAGAAGAAAACGACAAGAAUCGACUUGAGAUCCAACGCUGGGAUGAUGAUCCGGCGGAAAUUGAACGCCAAAAGCGAUGGAUGGAUAUACCCUCACCUGGAGUAAAACCCGCUCGGGUUGGCCUGCGGCAUACAAUUUGCCCCAGCCAAUUUGAGCUAGAGGGUAUUGGGCAACUUUUGCGAAUGACUCGUCUUAAAACCCCUUUGCUUUCACCCCACGUACCAACGGCAGACCCUCGAACACAAGCAUCCAUUGAGCACCUUCAGAAAGAAGAGGAACUUUUUGAGUCCCAGGAAUUAACAGACUCUGAGGGUGCCAAAAAAGGCGAAGCAAGGCCAGGUCGGGGCUGGGAGGCGCAACGAAAUGCCGAAGAGGCAAAAUUUGCUCAUGGACUGGGCAACCUCCAAAGCAGUCUCAUACUGUGGUCAGGAUCCCAGAUAUGGCGGAUUGUAAAGAAUCCCUUGGUGGUUCAGCUUGAAGGCUCGUUACAGCAAGCCCAGUAUACCAAUGAUAGCGGGCACAUUAUUCUGCAGCGGGACUCCAUCAUGGCUUUGAUGAUGUCAAUUCGGGAUAUUGAGCCCCGAAACGAAUCAGAAUUCAUCGGUCUCGGUUACGUGAAGCAGAAAGCAAGUCUUUUGUUGUUUGGAGACCUUUUGUCUAUGCCUUCCGAUCACCGAAGCGAGUCUGUGAUCAAAGCUACCGAACAAGCCCUUGUGGCUGGUGACCUGGACCCGCGCCUGGCCUUGCUAUUCAUUCCUUUGCUUCGACGUGAGGUUUUACAGGGCCCUCAGGGGAUUUGGGUACACUCCGGACUCGCAGAUCUGACACAAAAGUAUAUACAACAGGUGGAAAAAGUAAACAACGAGCUGCCCGCCUCAACUGCCAUUAACGGUCCUGUGCUGAAUAUGGUGAAGCGAUUCCUUUUCUCUUGGCAGCAAAAGAGAGGUUACGGUAGCAUCACGGAUGAGACUUUUGUCUUAGAUAGCACCGAUGCCGCUCUUCUUCAUCUUGUUUUAGAACAGGACGCCGAUGUAAAUGCGAGCAAGCGGACUAAGUUAUCGACUCGUACCGAGUUAAAUCGGCUGGUGGAUAAUUGGAAGGGAAACUUCGAGAGGGCUGUGGCGCUGUUAGAGCAAUAUCAGAGGCUCUACAUCUUGAGUCGUCUGUAUCAGAGCCAGAAGAUGUCUCACAACGUUCUCAACACAUGGCGGAGAAUAGUUGACGGUGAACCUGAUGCUGGUGGGGAGCUCACUGCGCCAGGCGUAGAGGCCCAGAUGCGCAAGUAUUUGGUCAAUAUCAAGAAUGUCCAGCUGGUGGAAGAAUAUGGAUCUUGGCUUGCUGGGCGAAACCCUAGCCUGGGUGUGCAGGUCUUUGCGGACAACUCUAGUCGUGUGCGGCUAGAGCCUGCGGACGUUGUCACUCUGCUCAAGGAAAAGGCCCCUAACGCUGUCCAGGUUUACCUGGAGCAUCUAGUCUUUGCCAAAAACUACACUCAAUAUGCCGACGAUCUCAUCUCAUACUAUCUCGAUGAAGUACUGUCUGUGCUGAAGUCUUCAUCCGCCGCACGGGAUUCUCUCUCGGAUUCAUACUCAACCUACCGGUCUCUGCGUCCUCCCAAGCCUACCUACCUUAAUUUCAUCACAGAGAACACGCCCAGUGAGCCCUGGUGGCAGUCUCGGCUUCGCCUACUACAGCUGCUGAGCGGCACCUCUGGCACUCAAUUUUCGUCUACACCUGUCCCUUCGGGCAUCACAUACUCUAUCCCAAACGUGCUGGCACGUAUUGAGCCCUUCCAAGACGAGCUUGUCUCAGAAUGCAUUAUCUUGGACGGUCUACAGGGCCAUCACCGUGCAGCUCUCCGCCUUCUAACCCAUGGCCUGGGAGACUACGACUCCGCCAUUCGAUACUGCUUCUUUGGCGGACCACAAACCUCAAGCUCAUCUCGGGCCGAGCCCGAACUUGCCGACCACUCUUUACAAUCAGAACUUUUUCGCCAUUUGCUUGAUGAAUUCUUGCAAAUCCAAGAUCUAUCAGAUCGUAUCGAGAGAACUAGUGACCUCCUCGCUCGUUUUGCAGCUUGGUUCGACGUCCGUGAAGUUUUGGACCUUGUCCCCGAGGAUUGGAGUGUCGAUAUUCUAGGUGGUUUCUUGGUGCACGUUUUCCGAACCCUCGUCUCUCAAACGCGCGAAGCUCGUAUAGAGCGUGCCCUCAGUGCAGGUCUCAACUUACGCGUGGGUGUUGAUUAUAAUGAUAACAUGGAGAAAGCCGGGCCUUGGGUAGAAGAUGGAGAGGGGCUUCGACGCUUGGUGGGUGGAGCUCCGUCACUUCCUGCUCCGACUGAUGGUAACGACGAUGAUGGAGAAUUUGGGGAAGUGGUUUCGCCUGAGGCCGGAGGUGAUUAG